AUGGAGGACAUAAACAGGAGUGGAGAUUUCCACAAAGGGUCCCAGAGCUCGGCCAAGCUGCGGAGCGACUCUCGUCGCCGCUUCAGCGUCUGCACGAGGCCCACGUGGCUGUGCCCAUGUGUCCUCAUCAUCCGAGAGCCCAUCUUGACCUCCAAGUUCAGGAGGCUCCGUGACCGGCAGCCCCGCCAGGGCCCAGCACAGGAGGAUGCCGGCGCAGAAGCAGAAUGGACGCCCCACGAGAUUCCGCCAGGGCCUCCACCCGGCCAGGAGGAGACGUGUGCCGGGGUCUGGCGGCGUCCACACAGUUUGACACGUUUGGAAAGUGACCUUCCUGCUGCUUCAUUAAUCCAGGUAGACGGCUCAGGACAGGUGCCAGCCCUGCCCUUCAGCUCUGCUGUCUGCGCCUGCGAUGACUCGGCUCCUGCCGCCAUCGCUUCCAUCCCGCGGCUUCCUGCACGGCGACAACAGCCCCAGUACCUGCCCCAAGGCCCCCAGUUCCUGCCCCCAGUACCUGCCCCAAGGCCCAGUUCCUGCCCAAGGCCCCAGUACCUGCCCCAAGGCCCCCAGUUCCUGCCCCAGUACCUGCCCCAAGGCCCCAGUACCUGCCCCAAGGCCCCCAGUACCUGCCCCAAGGCCAGUUCCUGCCCCCAGUACCAGCCCAAGGCCCCCCAGUACCUGCCCCAAGGCCCCCAGUACCAGCCCCAGUACCAGCCCCAAGGCCCCAGUACCAGCCCCAAGGCCCCCAGUACCUGGCCCCCAGCUCCUGCCCCAAGGCCCAGUUCCUGCCCCAAGGCCCCCAGUUCCUGCCCCAGUACCUGCCCCAAGGCCCCCAGUACCUGUCCCAAGGCCCAGUUCCUGUCCCAAGGCCCCAGUUCCUGCCCCAGUACUGCCCCAAGGCCCCCAGUACCUGCCCCAAGGCCCAGUUCCUGCCCAAGGCCCCCAGUACCAGCCCCCAGCUCCUGCCCCAAGGCCCCCAGUACCUGCCCCCAGUACCAGCCCCAAGGCCCCCAGUACCUGCCCCAAGGCCCCCAGUACCUGCCCCAAGGCCCAGUUCCUGCCCCAAGGCCCCCAGUACCAGCCCCCAGCUCCUGCCCCAAGGCCCCCAGUACCUGCCCCCAGUACCAGCCCCAAAGCCCCCAGUACCUGCCCCAAGGCCCCCAGUACCUGCCCCAAGGCCAGUUCCUGCCCCCAGUACCAGCCCAAGGCCCCAGUACCUGCCCCAAGGCCCCCAGUACCAGCCCCCAGUACCAGCCCCAAGGCCCCAGUAACAGCCCCAAGGCCCCCAGUACCUGGCCCCCAGCUCCUGCCCAAGGCCCAGUUCCUGCCCCAAGGCCCCAGUACCUGACCCCAAGGCCCCCAGUCCUGCCCCAAGGCCCCAGUACCAGCCCCCAGCUCCUGCCCCAAGGCCCCCAGUACCUGCCCCCAGUACCAGCCCCAAGGCCCCAGUACCUGCCCCAAGGCCCCCAGUACCUGCCCCAAGGCCCAGUUCCUGCCCCCAGUACCAGCCCCAAGGCCCCAGUACCUGCCCCCAGUACCAGCCCCAAGGCCCCCAGUACCUGCCCCAAGGCCCCCAGUACCAGCCCCCAGUACCAACCCCAAGGCCCCCAGCCCAGUUCCUGCCCCAAGGCCCCCAGUACCAGCCCCAAGGCCCCCCAGUACCUGCCCCAGCUCCUGCCCCAAGGCCCCCCGCUCCUGCCCCAAGUCCCCCAGUACCUGCCCCAAGGCCCCAGUACCUGUCCCAAGGCCCCCAGUACCUUCUGCAAGGCCCCAGUUCCUGCCCCAAGGCCCCCAGUACCUGUCCCCAGCUCCUGCCCCAAGGCCCCCAGCUCCAGCCCCAAGUCCCCCAGUACCUGCCCCAAGGCCCCCAGUACCUGCCCCCAGUACCUGCCCCAAGGCCCCAGUUCCUGCCCCAAGGCCACAGGGCUCAGAUCUCCACUGCUGCUCUGGGAGCCACAGGACACCAGCCUGGGGCCAGAUCUAAUACCCCGAGGAGGGGUGCAAACCACAUGUUAA